GUGCUUUCUUUAUUGUCAGCAAACGACGAGUCAAGCACUGAGAAGUCUUCUCGGAGAUUUGACAAAGUGGCCCAAGGACUUCCUUCAUUGACCCGACGAACCUCUAUACCCCUCCUCACCCCCUCUAUUCCUGCAAACUCAGCUUCCAAUCUUCUUUACCAAAACUAGCCCAGUUCACAUUAGCUUCAACGAAUUCAGGGAUGAUCCCUUUUUUUUUUCCUUUGUUCUUUUAAAUUUUACGCUCUAAUACAGGUUUUGAAUAUUCAAACCUUAUCCUUGAGGAGAGAAUGAUGUUUCGUUGUUGUUUCAAGAACCCUUUUGUGGGUUUCCUCCACCUUUCCGAGUUACGGCUUCUGAAAUUCCAAUCUCAGUUCUUCUGUUUGUCUUGAAUUUUGUCUCAGGAUAUGAUGUUAUGAUGGCUAUGGUGUUGCGGGUUCAGUAUUUUGAGCACUUGGUUGUUAGAAAGUAAUCUCCGAGUCAUUUUUUUUUUUCAAUCUGUACCUCCUCUUUGCUUUGUCGGGAAUCUUGAUGAAAAUGGUUCUGAAUUGCCGACCUCUUACUGUCCUUAUCGGUGUUUCUCUCGGGCUGCUGCUUAGUUGUAGUUUGAGCUACGGCACCGCGACUGAUAUUUAUUGUUUAAAAAGUAUAAAGGCUUCACUUGAAGAUCCUUAUAGUUACUUGAACUCUUCAUGGAUUUUUGGCAACAAUACUGAAGGCUCCAUCUGUAAAUUUACGGGGGUCGAUUGUUGGCACCCUGAUGAGAACAGGGUUUUGAAUAUUCGGCUUUCAGAUAUGGGGCUCAAGGGACCGUUUCCUAGGGGCAUUAUGAAUUGCUCGAGCUUAACAGGCUUAGAUCUUUCUAGCAACAAACUAUUUGGAAAUAUUCCACAAGAUAUGCCCAAAAUUCUAGAGUUUGUGACAUCUCUUGAUCUCUCGUCUAACAAUCUCUCAGGGGAUAUCCCAGCGAGCCUCGCAAACUGUACUUAUUUGAAUGUCCUUAAACUUGACCAUAACAGGUUCACUGGUCAGAUUCCUGCAGAAUUUAGUCUGCUUUCUCGGAUUAAACAAUUUAGUGUGGCGAACAAUCUCUUGACAGGGCCAAUCCCCCGAUUUAAUAAUGUUACAUUUCCAGCAUCCGAUUAUGCAAAUAAUCUAGGACUAUGUGGGGUUCCUUUGGAUCCUUGCCAAGCAGCUUCGAAGAAGUCUCACUCUGCACUUAUUGUGGCAGCAGCAGUUGGUGGGGUGACUGUUUCAGCCUUGGGUGUGAGUAUCGGUAUGUUCUUCUUUAUGCGCAGGGUGUCUGUGAAGAAGGAAGAUGACCCCGAAGGAAACAAAUGGGCAAAGGUUUUAAAGGGAGCAAAAGGCAUCAAGGUAUCCAUGUUUGAAAAGUCAGUUUCAAAAAUGAAAUUCAAUGAUCUCAUGAAGGCUACUAGCAACUUUACCAAAGAUAAUAUCAUUGGGUUGGGAAGAACAGGAACCAUGUACAAAGCAGUCCUUGAUGAUGGCACUUCACUUAUGGUCAAGAGGUUGCAGGAAUCUCAACACUCUGAGAAAGAAUUUAUGUCCGAAAUGGCUACUCUUGGGAGAGUAAAGCACCAAAACUUGCUUCCUCUUCUAGGGUUCUGCCUGGCUAAGAAAGAAAGGCUUUUAGUUUAUAAGCACAUGCCUAACGGUACCCUUCAUGAUCAGCUGCAUCUUGUGGAUGAUGGUGACAAGCUUAUGCCAUGGCCUUUGAGGCUAAAAAUUGGGAUAGGGGCAGCCAGAGGACUAGCAUGGCUCCAUCAUAACUGCAUUCCCCGUAUUCUCCACCGAAACAUAAGUUCCAAAUGCAUCUUACUCGAUGUGGAUUUUGAGCCAAAAAUAUCUGAUUUUGGCCUGGCUAGGCUCAUGAAUCCGAUUGAUACACAUUUGAGUACUUUUGUGAAUGGGGAAUUUGGAGAUAUUGGUUAUGUCGCUCCUGAGUAUGCACGAACACUGGUGGCCACACCAAAGGGUGAUGUUUACAGCUUUGGAACUGUACUUCUUGAGUUGGUAACUGGUGAGAGACCAACACAUGUUGCGAAAGCACCUGAGGACUUUAAAGGAAAUUUGGUAGAAUGGAUUACACAGCUGUCGAGCAACUCUCAACUUCAUGAUGCCAUCGAUAAAUCCUUGGUUGGGACAGGCGUGGAUGGUGAGACUUUUCAGUUUCUUAAGGUUGCAUGUAAUUGUGUAGCAUCAAAUCCCAAGGAGAGGCCUUCUAUGUUUGAAGUGUACCAGCUUCUAAGAGCUAUUGGCGAGCGAUACGAUUUCACAAUUGAAGAUGAUAUGCUAAUGCCUUCCGACACUGGUGAUGCUGAUGGCAUGGAUGAACUUAUUGUUGCGAGCGAAGUAAAUUAAGGACAACAAAUGAUAAGGUUCUUCCAUAUUGAGAGAUUACAUUAGUUGGACAUGCUCUUUGGAGAUUUAUUAAAUUCACGAAUUUUCUUGGUAUUUUUGCCUUAUCAAUGUAUGGUCUAUGUUGUAGCGCGCAACUAGUGGCUUUGAUUUAUAUGUGCUUUUUAUGGUGGCUGCGGCGGCAGCGACUGGGACAUUUUGAGGAUUGCUGUUUGUGAUUGAUGAUUUUGUUACCAAAUUACUGUAUGUCUGAAGGCUAAAUUCUAAACUAA